AUGCGGGAAACAAAUCAGAACUCGGAUUCUACGACGCCUCUGUUAUCAGCAUCACAACAUCUGAGCUACACUACUUGCCAGACAACCGGAGCAAGCCUGAAUCACACCGUCGAGGAUGGCAUCUAUACUUUGGAGCGUCAGCCUGAGAAGUGGAAUGAGCCUCGAACCAAUUUCUGGCGCGUUCUGGCUACCUUCUACAGCUUUAUCGUGGUCGGAGCAAAUGAUGGCGUCUAUGGGGCAAUGAUCCAUUAUUUGGGCAAAUACUACAAUGCAGACUACAAGACCGUGUCAAUGGUGUUCCUUUCCCCAUUCAUAGGCUAUGCGGCUGCUGCAUUUGGAAAUAGUUGGAUCCACGAGCGAUUCGGACAACGCGGCAUUGCACUUCUAGGCACUGGAAUGCACAUAAUAGCAUACCUCGCUGCCACUCAACAUCCACCAUACCCUGCCCUUAUCGCUAUAUUCGUCUUAUCCGGCCUAGGAAACGGAAUCGUCGAUGCGUCAUGGAACGCGUGGAUUGGUGCUAUGGACAGUAGCAGUCAGUUAAUGGGGAUUCUCCAUGCGUUCUAUGGUCUGGGGGCCGCUCUGGCGCCGUUGACUGCCACUUAUCUCAUCACCAACAGAGAUUGGAAGUGGUACGAAUUUUACUACCUGAUGGCCGUCGCAGCUGGGGUAGAAUUCGUGACUUCGGUUGCAGCGUUCUGGUCAGCGAGAGGGUCACUAUCCCAGGCCCAAGAUCCGGAUUCUCGUGGAGACGACAACAUGUCGCCCGGCACCCCAGACUCUCUCAACGUUAACGCACCGCCAAAGCAUCCGACCCUAGAGUCGUUGAGAAUGUCCUCAACAUGGAUCAUAAGUCUCUUCCUCUUAGUGUACGUCGGAGUCGAAGUCACUAUCGGUGGAUGGGUUUUCACCUUCCUGGUCGACCUCCGGAAUACACCACCGUCCGUGGCAGGCGUAGUAACAUUCACCUACUGGGCAGGGCUAACCGUUGGCCGUGUAUGCCUUGGCUUCCUUACGCCAUAUUUCAAGAGGCAGCGACUCGCAGUUCUUGCCUACUUAGGGGCAUGUAUCAUCUUACAUCUUACAUUUUGCGUCGUCGACGACCUCCUCUUGUCGGCCAUCACCGUGACCCUCAUUGGGUUUUUCCUUGGCCCUCUUUACCCCGAAGCUGUUAUUGCUCAGGCGAAGCUUUUGCCAAGAUAUCUCCAUGUCGCAGCUGUUGGUUUUGCCUGCGCGUUGGGAAGCGCUGGUGGGUGCGUUUUUCCCUUUAUCACUGGAGCGACUGCAGAAAUCUACGGGAUCAAGGUCCUUCAGCCCGCCGUGCUUGCAAUGCUAUUCCUUUGUCUAGCUUUAUGGCUUGCACUUCCAGCACGGCGCCCAGGUGCCCGGCAACCGGCUUUUUCGGUUUCAUCAACCCCUUCUGUAUUAUUCUAA